CCCUGCUGGGCCCAUCCAGAUCAGAAGCUAAGAAGACCAAGGUGAAAAGGAAAACCAACAACCCCCAGUUUGAUGAGACAUUCUAUUUUGAGGUAACACGACCUCUUAGUCACACCAAGAGACAGUUUGAUGUGGAGGAGGAGGGUGUUGACAAGCUGGCUCUGAGGGUUGACCUGUGGAAUGCAAGUAACCUGAAGUUUGGGGAUGAGUUCCUGGGAGGGGUCAGAGUUCCUCUGAGGGCCCUGGGACAGGCUGGGGUCCACGACGCAUGGUACUUUCUGCAGCCCAGGGAUAACGGAGGGAAGCCGGUGAAAGUGGAUGAGUUGGGUUCUCUUCGUUUAAACAUUGUUUACACUGAGGACCAUGUGUUCCCCUCUGACCACUACGGCCCUCUGAGAGACCUGAUGUUGACCUCGGCUGACGUAAAGCCGGUGUCGGCAUCAGCCGCUCAUAUCCUCGGGGAGGUCUGCCGGGAGAAACAGGAAGCAGCGAUCCCAUUGGUCCGUCUGUUCCUUCACUAUGGAAACAUCCUGCCUUUCCUCAGUGCCGUCGCCCACGCAGAGGUCAACCGUACACAGGACCCUAAUACCAUCUUCAGAGGGAACUCUCUAACGUCUAAGUGUAUCGAUGAGACCAUGAAGCUGGCUGGGAACCACUACCUCCAGGUCACCUUGAGAUCCAUGAUAGAUGAAAUCUGUACGGACCACAAGCCCUGUGAGAUCGACCCUGUGAAGCUCAAAGAGUCAGAAAACCUAGAGACCAACAGGGAGAACCUGCGUCAGUAUGUCGACCGGAUCUUCAACAUGAUCACAACGUCAGGCGUGCGUUGUCCCACCGUCAUGUGUGACAUUUUCUUCUCACUCAGAGAAUCUGCUGCAACACGUUUCCAAGUCGACCAGGAUGUGAGGUACACAGCGGUCAGUAGUUUCAUCUUCCUGCGAUUCUUCGCCCCGGCCAUCCUCUCUCCUAACCUGUUCCAGCUGCGACCGCAUCACCCAGUGAGAACACACUUCUAGCUCCUUGAGUGUUUA